AAGUAUUGUAUAUUAAAGUCUUUAAACUUUAAAUGAAAGAGUAAAUAUGAGUAAAAAAGAAGAAUUAGCCUAUGGAAAUAAUGAUAUAAGUGAUUUGAACGAGAAUUAUAGGAUGGAUAUUCAAGUGUAUCAGGAGAGAUGUAAAGAACUAGAAGAAGCAGUUAUAGAGGCGCGUACGGCAUUGGAUGAGUUUAAAAUGACAAGCAAAGAGCUUGAAGAUGCAUUAGAACAAGAACUUGAAUAUACGGAAAAACAAUAUGAAAUGUUAAAAGAAAAGAAUACAUAUUUAAAAAAUGAAGUAGAAAGAUGGAAGAAGAAAUAUGAAGAAAUACAAUCAGAAAAUAUAGCAUCUAUAACAGCUAUGGAAAAAGAAAUUGUAACGCUUAGAGAGGCACAUCGACUUAAUAAAUCAAAAAUAACAGAUCUUGAAUUAAGUAAUGAUGCAAUGGAACGUAAAGAAAGAGUAGUUCAAUCAUCAUUUGAGGACUUGGAAAUAAAAUAUAAUAAAAUAAUAGAGGAGAAUGUAUUGCUUGAAGCAGAAUUAACAUCGCAAAAAUAUCUUGAGAUUGAACAUCAACGAUUAAAAGAUGAACUGCGUGAUACACAGCUUGAACUUUCGUUAAUGAAAGAAAAACUUGAACAAGUACAGGCAGAAAAAGAAGAAAUGAUAUCUAGAGCAUUAUUAUUACGUCCAGCACGCCGUAUCAAUACAUCAAAUCAAAAAACAACAUCAAUAGAAGAUGCAGAGAAAAAGAAGAUUUCAGGGGAUUCGUCUUCUAGUCCUAAACUUAAAACACCUAUCGCAAGAAUAAAAGAAAAACAUAUACGAUCACAUUCAAUUAGAAUGAUGCAUGAAAUGUCAAAACAUGUUAAGAACCUUGAAUCACGUCUUCAAUUAUGCCGUGUAUUUGCAAAACCACUUCUUUUACGUUCGAAAUUUUUAGAACCAGAUUCACCUACUAUAAUAUCCAAAUCAAACGAAAAUCAUAAACAAAUAUCGGAAACAUUAGAAUCAUCAGAGAAUCAGCGUACAAUGCCAUUGCCCGAAUCUCAAAUUCCAUUAACAUCUUCCGAACCAUUGCCUAAAAAUGAAUCAUUGAUCUAUGAUUUGCGUAAACCUGUAACACCAACUAGUACAAAAACUUAUGAACCAUCUCAUAUAUUAGAUACAUCAAUGUCAAAAACAAACGUACAAGAGAUAACAGAUCAAUCGAAAAAUGAUGUAGUCAAAUCUUUUCGACGUCUUUCUAUUAAGAAAGUGAUAUUUGAUAUGAAUCCAGCAAAAUCACCUAAAAGAAAAACUAUGCCUUCAACAAUACCAGUUUACAGUGAAAUGCCUAAACGAAGAAUGUCUGGAACUCCACAGAAAACUUUAAAAAAAAUUACAUAUAAUCAUUUGAAAAAAAAAAAUAGUUUACUUGAAAUAUCCUCUAAUAAUGCACAACGAAAAGUGAUCCAUAUGUCUAGUAUGACCAAUUUGUCCAAACAUCAACAUCAAUCAACCCAAUCUUGAUUAAGUUAUUUAACAACGAUUUUAUACAUUUACUUCGCUCUAUA